AUGUCCUCCAAUCUAUCGAGAGGCGCACUGCGCCCUCUGGCUUUCCGCCUUGCCGCUCGACACUCCGUCCUCCCGAUGCACCCCCGGUGGGUUCGCCACAUCAAUGUGCCUCCCCGCACACCCAAGAAGCCUGCAGGGUCGAAUCGGCGGCUGGUUAUGUUCUUCUUUGCCGCACUGUUCUCAGCAGGGGCCGUGGUCGCCUACCCUAUCGUCUUCCAGAAGCAAGAACCUGCGAAGCCCAUACAGGCCGAGCUUGAGUUUGAGAAGAAGAGGAAACGGCCCAAGUCCAAGGAGGACAAUCGCGACCUGAUCAGUUCGCAACACCUCCAGGUCAAGGAUAGCUGGGAGCACCCUGGAGUGUACGCAUGGGGUGCCAACUCGGGCAAGGUGGCCGCGCCGGGCUUGGCAGAUACGGUGGUUAAACUGCCGCGGAGAAUACCCUACUUUGACGGCAAACUGCUCCGCGACCUAAAGCUUGAUCGUGACUUUGGAGCAGCGAUUCUGGAGAAUGGUGACCUCGUGCAAUGGGGGAAUGCAUUCUCCACCGAGGCCUCGGAGCCCAUCCCAACACUCAAGGGCAAAGAUCUCGUCAAGAUUAGUUUAUCUCGGGACCGUAUCCUGGCAUUGUCCUCCGGCGGCAAUGUCUACUCGAUCCCUGCUUCUCAGAACGAUCAAACUCAGGGAGAGAAGGGAGAGCAAUCGUCUUCCGGAUCCCUCUGGUCCAAUGCCUCCCCGGUCAGCUACCGGACCCUUCUGCCAGCAAAUCUUGGUUGGCGAGAGAAGGUAGUCGACAUCAGCAGCGGUCUGGAGCACUGUCUUCUGCUGACCUCGAGUGGACGUGUCUUCUCCGCGGCCUCCAGCAGCGAGGCUUUUCCGGAUAAGGGUCAGAUGGGUGUCCCUGGCCUCACGUGGAACACUAGGCCUAAGGGGCCGUUUGACCAGCCGCACGAGAUCGCUGCCUUGCGGGGAUUCAAGAUAACCAAAGUGGCUGCGGGUGACUAUCACUCCUUGGUUCUGGACAAUCAAGGCAGGGUCUUCAGCUUUGGCGACAACUCUGUGGGGCAACUCGGCUUCCCAGUGCAGCCCGAAACGCCUCUGACUGACGUCCCGUCUAUGCUGCCUUUCACAAAACUGUACAGUGGCACCAAUCUACUUCCACAAGUCACUUCGAUUGCAGCUGGCGGGGCGAACUCUUUCUUCACGGUCGACGCCACACGUGUAGCCGCACAAGGAAGCGAUGACACGGUUUCCAGGUCGAACCUGGGCAAGGUCGUCGCCGACACCUGGGCCUGUGGAGAGGGCAUCCAUGGGGGCCUCGGGACCGGCAAGUGGACUCACAUCUCGGGCGGCCCGACCAAGAUCAAGGCUCUUUCCAACCUAUUUGAAUACGACGAGAAGAAGCAGAGCGUCGUCCCCAUCCGCCUCUCCGACAUCUCUGUGGGCAGCACGCAUGCUGCCGCCGUUAUGGACAACGUCACGAACCUCGCAGCGGCUCAACAGAAGUCGGAGAACGAUACCAACUGGGGAGCCGACAUCGUCUGGUGGGGCGGCAACGAGUUCUACCAGUUGGGCUCGGGGAAGAGAAACAAUGUCAACGAGCCCAUGUAUAUCGGGCCGUUGGAUGGCGGCAGAGGUGAUGCUGCCAAAGGCCGCAAGGGCGAGGCUCACCGGUUCCAGAUCACGCCGCGAACGACAGUGCGGCUAGGAGAAGGAGGCAAGGGCCGCAAGGUGCAGAUGGAGCAGCGCGUGGAAUGCGGCAGAUACGUGACAGCAGUGUACUCGAGUGUAUGA